GGCGGGGCUUGUGAAAAAACAGCGUCUCUGUCUGAAACAGGAAGUAAUAUCUGCUGCUGCUGAGUGCUUUUGUAGCACUUUGUUCAGAAAGUUGGGCUGCCUUUGACGGCUCCGGGGCUUUGAAAGAUGGACAGCCAAGGAAGAAAGGUGGUGGUUUGCGAUAACGGAACAGGGUUUGUCAAGUGUGGCUAUGCCGGAUCCAACUUCCCAGAGCACAUCUUCCCAGCUCUGGUGGGCCGGCCCAUCAUCCGCUCCACAGCCAAAGUGGGCAACAUCGAGAUUAAGGAUCUGAUGGUGGGAGACGAAGCCAGUGAGCUGCGCUCAAUGCUGGAGGUCAAUUAUCCCAUGGAGAACGGCAUCGUCAGGAACUGGGAUGACAUGAAGCACUUGUGGGAUUACACCUUCGGUCCGGAGAAGCUCAAUAUCAACUCACGCGACUGCAAGAUCCUCCUGACCGAGCCUCCCAUGAACCCCACCAAGAACCGUGAGAAGAUCAUAGAGGUCAUGUUUGAGACAUACCAGUUUGCAGGUGUUUACAUCGCCAUCCAGGCUGUUCUGACGCUUUAUGCUCAAGGCCUGUUGACAGGAGUGGUGGUGGAUUCAGGCGAUGGAGUCACCCACAUUUGUCCUGUGUAUGAGGGCUUCUCUCUGCCCCACCUCACGAGGAGACUGGACAUUGCAGGACGGGACAUUACACGCUAUCUCAUUAAGUUGCUCUUGCUGCGAGGUUACGCCUUCAACCAUUCGGCGGACUUCGAGACGGUACGCAUGAUGAAGGAGAAGCUGUGCUACGUGGGAUACAACAUCGAGCAGGAGCAGAAGCUUGCUCUGGAGACCACCGUACUGGUGGAGUCCUACACGCUCCCUGAUGGCCGGGUUAUUAAGGUCGGAGGGGAGCGCUUCGAGGCCCCAGAAGCUCUGUUCCAGCCGCACCUCAUUAACGUGGAAGGGGUCGGAGUGGCCGAACUUCUCUUCAACACCAUUCAAGCAGCAGACAUUGACACCAGAUCUGAGUUCUAUAAGCACAUUGUUCUGUCAGGAGGAUCCACCAUGUACCCCGGUCUGCCCUCUCGACUAGAGAGGGAACUUAAACAGCUCUAUCUAGAGCGGGUGCUGAAGGGUGACGUUGACAAGCUCUCGAAAUUCAAGAUCCGGAUCGAGGACCCUCCCCGCCGCAAGCACAUGGUGUUCCUGGGUGGGGCGGUGCUGGCUGACAUCAUGAAAGACAAGGACAACUUCUGGCUGACGCGGGAGGAGUAUCAGGAGAAGGGCGUGCGCGUUCUGGAGAAGCUCGGCGUCACUGUCAGAUAAACACGGAAAAAACAUCCCACGACCCCGGCGUCUCUUCUACAUCACCUGUCUCUUCUGUUCUGCCAGUGAGUCGUGUCAUCGGUGUGGAUUAUGGAGGGUCCUCUGCCACUGCACUGGCACGUGUGACUCUAGACCAUUAGUAAUAUGCAUUGC